AUGGCAUCUACAAAUCUAUCCUUUUCCAAUCGUCGACUUCACUUUGAGGAUUUGCCCAAUGAGUUGAUCGUGAAAAUCGCUGCCUUGCUACCAUGGACGAAUAUUUUCACAUUACAAAGAGCAUCUCGGAGAUUAUAUCGAGUAUUGAAUGGAAAUCAGCAAAUAUUCCCGAAGAUUUUCGAUUAUGUCAGCUUUGAGAAAGAACACGCAAAGGAGGUCUACAUUUCUUGGAGAACAAACGGGAUCUAUCAACAUCGAAUGCUUAAUGAAAUUGAUGAGGCCGAUUUCAAGGGUUCAUCAAUCAUCAAGACCUUCUACUUUUCUCCAUUACCAGCAAAGAAAGAUAAAACAUACUAUUGUCUCGAUGCUAAUGUGUUUGUUCAAAAUGGUGGAAUGGAGAUGUUAAAAAAAAUCUCGAAAGCUCAAGUUUAUGAGUUGGAUAUCAAGGCACCACGGAAGACGACUGUUGCAUCUUUUGGAGGAGAAAGAGCUUUUGGCUGCAGUACAUAUCAACAGCUGUUGAUUCAAAACCUAAAGCCUCGAUAUCUUCAUUAUCACUGGAUGGACGGUCAGUACUCGAUUCGGAUGCCAAGCGAUUGUGAGAGUUGCAUAGAGAGGGGAGAAUGGUGGAACAAUGCUAGGAGAAUGUAUGGUGGCAAAUGGGUGGGACGAGAUCUGAUGGAGCAUGAGUUGCCAAUAUACAUGACUACUUGGUCACUUCGGCAGUUUAUUCGUGCUCUCCAUCUUUGCCAGAUCUCGAUGACUGGAGGAGGGGUGGUGCUGACGGAAUUUCGAGCUGAUAACAUGAAAAUUCUGGUAAAAGACCUCAGUCGAUACUUGAAUUCGAUGAAGAAAUUCACAAAUAUCCGAUCAGAUUUCGAGAUCAUCGAGAAGAGAACCCUUGUACUCUUUGUGAAAGCUGGAAAAGACUCAAUCUUGAGGCUUAAACUAAUGCAUCGACCAAAUAUUGAAGUUAUCGAGGAAAAUCUCGACCAGUAUGACUGUGCCUAUCUAGCCAAGGCGAAACAUUUA